AUUAGUAAAUCCGAAUGUACAAAUCCAUGUGAAAUAAAUGGGCCUGGAAUGCAAUGUGAUGUUAAUGCUUAUUGUUUACUUAUACCAGAAACUAGCAAUUUUAAAUGUGAAUGUAAACCAGGAUUUAAUGGAACAGGCAAAGAGUGUGCAGAUGUCUGUGAGGGAUAUUGUGAUAACGAAGGAUCUUGUGUUAAAGAUAUGAGAGGGCAACCAUCAUGUAGAUGUAUAGGUAGUUUUACUGGAAAGCACUGUACUGAAAAAUCUGAGUUUGCAUAUAUUGCUGGAGGCAUUGCAGCAUCUGUUAUCCUGAUUAUAUUUAUUGUAUUACUUAUUUGGAUGAUUUGUGCGAGGGCAAACCGGAGGAAGGAGCCCAAGAAAUUGCUCAGUCCUGCUACAGAUCAAAAUGGGUCUCAGGUGAAUUUUUAUUAUGGAGCUCCAACUCCAUAUGCUGAAAGUAUCGCCCCAAGUCAUCAUUCAACUUAUGCUCAUUAUUACGAUGACGAGGAAGACGGCUGGGAAAUGCCAAAUUUUUAUAAUGAAACCUACAUGAAAGAAAGCCUUCACAAUGGAAUUAAUGGCAAAAUGAACAGCUUAGCAAGAUCAAAUGCUAGUAUAUAUGGUACGAAGGAUGAUUUAUAUGACAGACUAAAGCGACAUGCAUAUCCCGGUAAAAAAGAUAAAAGUGAUAGUGACAGCGAAGGGCAGUAGAAGCUAGUAAUAUGUUGUUCAUAAACUUUAAUGCUCAAGGGUCACAAUGAAUAUCUAGUUUGUUACUAUUUUUUUUUUGACCGCCAAUAAGCACUACCAUAGUUAAGAGAUAUUUAAUAUUUUGUUAAAUAUUAACAUUAUUAUAAUUAAUAUAUUAUGUGAAUAAUUUCGUAACAUUUG